AUUUCAGAAGAUAUUCCAACUUUUCAAUUGUGCAAACCAAGGUUGAUACCAUUGAAAAGCUUCACAUUAGAAAAGCUCGAAAGAAUUCAACAAGAGGCUUUGAAGAAAACUGAAGAGCUUAGGAAAAACUCUGAACAAUGAGUUACUGGCCACUUAUAACGAAAACUUUGUUUUCUUUUAUUUUAUCAAGUACAGUUUUAUAUAGGUAUGGCAAUUGGUUCAGGCACAGGAUUAUUAUCACUUUGGUGGUACUUCUCGCUUGGAAUUUCAGCUUCUUAAUAAUUUUUGCACUGCCUUUGGAUGUUAUCUCAACUGUAUAUAGACAAUGUGAAGGGAAUGUAAGUGAUAAUACUAAUGAACAUGUCUCUAUCUCAAACUCAUUCACUUCACAAUCAGCAAACAUCAAUAAAACAUGCCAAGUACCUAGUAGUCAUGUUCCAGAUAGUGUUUUCCCAGAGUUGUGGAGAACUGUGUAUUGGAGUACACAACUUUUAACUUGGAUUCUAAUGCCCAUGAUGCAGUCAUAUACUAAAACUGGUGACUUUUCUGUGAAAGGAAAAUUGAAAUCAGCAUUGAUUGAUAAUGCAAUAUAUUAUGGCUCAUAUUUAUUAAUUUGUUGUGUUUUAUUAAUUUAUCUUGCAGUUAAACCUGGGCCAAAACUAGACUGGUCUCAAAUAAAAGCCAUAGCAUCAUCUGCAAGUAAUACUUGGGGUCUUUUUUUACUUGUUCUGUUACUUGGAUAUGCCUUAGUUGAAGUUCCAAGACAUCUGUGGAAUAAUGCCAAUAGAACUUAUGUGCUGACCCAUUCUUAUUUCAAGAUGGCAAAAUUGACAUCCGACAAAUGUGAGGCCGAAGAAAUGGUAGAUGAUGUGCUUGAGUCACUUCAUGCUGUAUCUCGAGUGAUCAAACCAGGACAUUACUUGAAUGAUAAUUUGGAAACUAUUAUGCAAAAACUUCCAAUAGAAUUGAAAGAUAGGAUGAAUAGAAGAGCUGUUACAGUUGAAGAAUCUGGUCAUGAUUUACCUAGUGAAAAGUCUCUGAUUCGUCUUCACAAGCAGGUCAUAAAAAGUCUUCAGGUACUUCAAAGAACUGAAACUCAGUACAAUAUUCUGGUGGAAAAAAUAUUUGACCUGGAGGAUAUUUUAAAAAAUCAAAUAUCAAGAGAUAGAAGAUUUAAGAAAACAUUCCAAAAACCACCAAACUGGUUCACAUCAUAUAUCUAUACUCCAACAAUAGAGUGGUAUUGGAAAUGUUUCUUAUAUGGUUAUAUACAAAAAAGUUUGGCAGUUAUUGCAGCUGUCUUUUCCUUUUGCGUUGUUUGGUCAGAAUUAACAUUUUUCAAUAAAAAACCUGUUUUAUCUAUUUUCGCACUUAUCGUAGCAGCAGCUGGAGAGAAAUAUGAUUACUUCACCAUAGAGUGGUUAUCGACAGCGGUGAUUUUGUAUUUAUGCUAUUGUGCUUAUUCAACAAUUCUGAAGAUUCGUUUGUUGAAUUUUUAUUAUUUAGCACCUCAUCAUCAAACCAAUGAGUACAGUUUAAUUUUUUCCGGAAUGAUGUUGAGUAGGUUAACACCUCCGCUGUGUUUGAAUUUCCUGGGGCUGAUACAUAUGGAUAGCCAUGUAAUUGAAGCCCAAGUUAUGGAAACUCAUUACACUCAGGUCAUGGGACACAUGGACGUAAUUGGCAUAAUUUCUGAUGGUUUCAAUAUCUACUUUCCCAUGGCCAUACUCAUAUUCUGUCUGUGUACAUAUUUCAGUUUGGGAUCUAGACUAUUGUCAUUCCUGGGUUUUCAUCAAUUUGUUGGAGAUGAUGAAAUGACUACAGAUCUUGUAGAUGAAGGCAGAGAAAUAGUGAAAAGAGAAAAGCGUAAAAGGCAGCGAUCUCAGGAAUCUUCGAAUCGAAGAAAGGAAUUUCAGGAAAGAUUUCCAACAACGGGAAGGUUUAGGAAUAUAGAACCAAGUCGACCCUCCACCGAACUUGAAUAUAUGGACAACACAAAGUCCAAUCUUUUACGUGACUCUAGCCAGUCAACCUAUAGUGGCACAAACUUCACCACAGCUGCUAACGAGACAAGAUUUCCUUCAAACACGGAUGAUAUCACUUCGAGAUUUGGAGCCAGUACAGGUCUAAGUAGAGAUUUAGAUCAUAGGUUUUCAGGUUAUCAAUAUGAUUCAAGUUACAAGGACAGAGUCGGCUAUCCUCCUAGAGGCAUAUUCGAUGAUGUUUAGCUCUCAUUAAAUUUGUAGAAACUCAUUGAUGAAAAAGAGCAUUUAUUUAUGUGUGAUAAAAUGCAUCAAACUAAAAUUAUGGAAUAAAUUUAGUUACAAUUCCGAACCACCAAGGGGACAUUCCACUUAUAAUUUAUUCAGUAGGGAUUGAAAUUUCAGCUUCGAAGAGCUUGUUUGUGUUGUGAUAUUUUCUUUGCUCAUUUUGUAGAGGUUGAGUUUAUCCAUUUUUCAAGGUUUUUUUGAAUGAUGGACAUACAACGAAAGUUGAUCUACUAAUUAUUUAUCACUGAAAAUCUUGUGUUAAGAUCUGAAAAAUAAAUUUCUGGUUAGUUGAA